AUGGUGGAACAAUUUGAUAGAAGGAAAUACUUUUCAGACAUGGGGUCUGGGAUAGAUUUGAAUGUUGGGUUGGAAAGCGAAGAUAGUGGGUUUGCAGGGUCUGAAUUAGCUCAGCCUACCGAAGCAUUCGACACAUACAGUUUUGUCAAAACUUAUGCUCUGCCUGAGUUUGGGACGCAUGCAGAAACAAUAGGAUCGACCAAUAAGUCCUCCAAAAGAAAUGAAGGGAUACGAAAGCAAGGAACAUGCAUAGCAGAUGCAGUGAAGAAGUUACGAUUUGAUCAGGAGGGCGAUGUUAUGGAAACUGAAGGGGCAUCAGGAAUUACCAAGGGAACUGCUUCUGAAAUUAUUGAUCUGAAUAUGGCUGCUGCUGAGGUUUCCUUAUCAGUUGAUGGAGUUGAACACUAUGCAGAUGAGGGUGCCAUAAGUAUAGGUACCUCACACAGAGGUAUAGCUGAAGGAAAGCAAGGCGUAGUGUGGAGGAAACGGAACACCAAAUCUGAAGGACUAAACUGUAGGGUUCCUAAUACUAUUAAGGGGAGUGCGUUGCAGCGAGCACUUUUGAAGUUUGCUGAUCGGACAACUGAUUAUAUUAUCAACCCCUGCGUUGGGACAGAAUUUGAUCACUGUGAUGAGGCAUAUGAGUACUACAAUUUGUAUUCAUGGGAGUGUGGGUUCGGAAUCCGGUUGGGUAAGAAAAGGUGGUCAGAGAAGAAAAGGAAAAACAAUCAACCGGAUGGAACACGGUACCAGCUAGGCCAGGAAUUCUACUGCAGCUGUCGGGGGAGUCCUGAUGCAAAUGUGAAAACAAGCUCAUCGAAAACCAACUGCAAAGCGAUGCUUCGCUUGCACCGUACACAAGAUGAUGGCUGGGUAGUUGUGGAGCACAUUUCUGAACAUAAUCAUCCUUUGUCACAAACCUGUGGUGAGAAGAAGCAUUGGCCAUCGCAUCAUCAUCUGGACAAGUACACCAAGGAUCUGGUUCGUAUGUUAAGAGAGAACAACAUUGGUAUUACCAAGCUGUAUAGCAUCCUUGGCGAUUUCUUUGGGUGCAUGCAAAACGUGCCUGUAACAAGGAGAUGCUUGAAAACACUGUGUCAGAAGAUAAACCGUGAGCAAGCAGAAGACGAUAUCAAGAAAACUUUGAAUAUGAUAAGCGAGCUUCGUAGGAAUGAUCCUGGUUUUAUGUUUAGUGUUGAUACAGAUGAGGAUGGUAGGAUAAAGACAUUAAUGUGGACCAACAGCCGAAGCAGGAUGCAAUACGAGCAUUUUGGUGACGUACUCAGCUUUGACACCACAUUCAAAACAAACCUGUAUGACAUGCCAUUUGGUUUAUUUGUUGGAGUAAACAAUCAUUUCCAAACUGUAUUGCUUGGCGGGGUGCUAAUGACUGAUGAGAAGAUAGAUAGUUUCAAAUGGGUCUUCAGGGAGUUUGCAUCACUCAUGGGCGGAAAAGAACCUUCCACAAUACUAACAGAUCAAUGUCGAGCGAUGGAGGUGGCUAUUGCAGAAGAGUGGAGGAACACUGUACAUCGUUGGUGUAAGUGGCAUGUACUUAAGAGGGUGAAAGAGUGUGUGGGCACCAAAUAUACCAGCAUUAAGGAGUUCCGUGACAAAUUUCAUCUCAUGCUGAAUGAGAUGCUGACACCUGAAGAAUUUGAAGGGAGCUGGCUUACUCUUUUGAAAGAGUAUGGGCUUGAGAACAAUGCUUUCCUUGCACAAAUUUAUGAAACAAGGAAGAAAUGGGUAAAAAGUUAUUUCAAAGGAGUGUUCUGUGCAAGGAUGACAAGCACCCAAAGAAGUGAAAGCGCCAACCAUAUGCUUAAAAAUAUCCUUUCACCUGCUUGCACUCUACAUCAGUUUUUGAAGCAAUAUAUGAAGAUGCAAUAUAUCAGGGAUGAGGAUGAAAAUUAUGAGGAAAGGCGCAACAAACUGAAUGUGAAGAAAGUAACAACUGGUGGCCCUCUUGUAGUUCAUGCCCAUAAUAUAUACACUCUGAAAGUAUUUGGGCUUUUCUGCCAGCUCAAAGAAGAAUCUGAGUUCUACCAAGCAAGUCUAUGCGAAGAUGGCAUAAAUUAUGAGGUUGAACAUUAUGAUCUGAGUAGAGUUCAACGAUGGUGCAAGGGGAGGUACAUAGUAGAGGUAGACGAACUUGCAACAAAGUACACCUGCGAGUGCGGAUUGUUUGAACAUUUUGGUUUACCAUGCAGCCACAUACUACGGGUUUUGAUAAAUUCAGGUGUCCGAAGAAUCCCAGAUUGCAUGAUUAUGCAGAGGUGGACCAAACAAGCCCGUCAUUUGUUGCCAGCAGAUCUAGCACAGUACCAAAAGCACAACCCUGCUCUGUUAGCUCAAACAUUCAGGCAUUCGUCACUAAUGCUGAAAGCGCUCCGUUUUGUAGAGAUGGGAGAUAGUAAUGUACAAAGCCACAGCAUUGCUAUGAAGAUACUGGAUGAUGGAAUAGAGUGUUUAGCAGAAGUUUCUAAAGUCAAAGAUGGGUUGGGUCUAUCACAUAACAAUCUAGAAAGCUCUGAUCCUGUGCCGGAAUGUGGUCUGGUUAAUGAAUUUCCUCAGCGUGCACCAAAGCGGAAGAGAGAGCAGGGUCGGCCAAGUAACAAAAGGGACAAAGCUAGUCACGAAAAGCUCUCCAGGCGACCCCGUUUCUGUAGCGCGUGCCGUAGCAAUGAGCACACAUUGCAACGGUGUCCGAAUCGUGACCCAUCAAUAAAAAGGGCUCGGAGGCCACCAACAUGCAGCGGUUGUGGUAUCAGUGGGCAUACAGUUGAUCGUUGUGGAAAGAAUCAAGCAGCUGUACAUCCUGAAAUAAUGUUCUUGUAGGCCUGAAAUUUGUCUGAUGUGUGUUGUCUUGUGCAGUGUCCUGUAGCUGAUGCUGUAUGGAACUUCUGGAAAAUGUAAUAUAAAUG